ACCAACGAACCUACUAAACUCAUCAAGACUGCCGGUAACAGCGGUCUAACAAGAACCUCACAGGCUUGUGAUCGUUGCAGAAUCAAAAAGAUCAAGUGUGAUGGUAAAAUACCCUCCUGUACAAACUGUCUUUCAAUAGGUUACAACUGUCAAACUUCUGAUAAAUUGACAAGAAGAGCAUUCCCAAGAGGUUACACUGAAAAUCUAGAGAAAAAUUUGAUCUCUUUACAAAAUGAAAACUCAAAAUUGAUUACAGAAUUGGAAUUUUUGAAGAAAUCGCAAUCUACUUCUACAAAUACUAUUGCUACUAGCUCAUCCCCUAUUGAUAUAAGCAGAGCUCCAAGUAUAAGUCAUGAAUCAACCCCUUCCAUCAUAAUACCUGACAACUCUGUCCAAAUUAAAGAUGAACACAACAAUGGUGCUGGUGAAAUCCCAUCAAAUUACAAAACUUUGGCUGAAAAUUUCUUUAUGUUUGAUAAUUUCAUUGAAAAGGAAAAUUAUGUCGGUUUAAAUUGCUUGAAUCUGUUAUUCAAUAAGAUGUUGAAAAACUUUCAAUUGAGUCCAAUGGAAGAGUUGAAAUUUCCAACAAUUGAUUUCAAUAAUCUAAAUGAUUUCAUUAUUACAAAGUUCUUAAUCAAAUUCCCAUCAAAGACAAAUUUAGAUCUGUUGAUUUCAAACCAUUUCGAGAAUUUGAAUUUAAUCCCAAUCUUGGAUGAAGAUUUAUUUUUCAAGAAUUAUAAAGACAUUUUCAAUUCAAUUGACAACAAGACUGAAAAUUUGAUCCAUUUAUUAGAAAAUAAUUCUCAUGCUGGUCAAGAGGAAAUUAUUUUUUUCAUUGCGAGAUUAGUUUUAAUCAUCCAAUUGAAUUGUUCAAUUUUCAAUCUACAUGAAAUUCAUAAAUUGAUCACAAGCUUGAACCUAUCAAUCAACUGUUCAAUUUCAAAAUUCCAAACAACAUUAUUAGCUCUUUAUUUAUUCCAUAACAAGAAUUGUUACAAAGACACUGUGAUCAAUUUAACAAACACUUCACAUUCAAUGGUUUUAAAUUUGGGUUUACAUUUGAACUAUAACAACUUGAAACAAAAUUGUUCAGAUAUCAACUUGACAAAAGAAGAAAGAUUUAAAUUACAUUCCGUUAGAUUAAAACUUUAUUGGAGUUUUUACAUCUUGUCCACUAUCUCUUCAAUUUCUUUUGGUUUACCUCAAGUUGAAUUUUUUGAAAAAUUUGAAAUUCCUCAAUUGACUUCAAUUUUAAAUUCAAAUCAAAACUUGAAGAAUUGUAUAUUAUUGAUUGAUUUAUUAAAGAAUUUGGAAAAUGUUAACUUAUUAUCUGUGAAUCAAGAUCUAUACAUGUUUAAAAAAAUUGAUGAAGAUUUGGUUAAUUGGAGAAAAGAUUUAAAAUUACAAAAUUUGUUUCAUAAAAUCCCAAUGGGUUCAAUCUUGAGUGAUCCAGAUUCUGAUAAACGUCCAACUAAAAGAUUGAAAAAAUCUAAAAUAUUGUCAUCUCAUGAAGAAAAUACCAAGAUUCAAUUGAAUUUGUUUUACAUUUAUUUUAGAAUGAUGAUUCAUUUACAAAAUUCUUAUGAUGAUUCAAUUCCUUCAAAUAUUAGUCAAUCUGAUUAUGUUUUGUCAAAUCUAUCAAGAGAAUUUUUAGCUUAUAUCAUUUUGUUGGAUUCAAGAAAAGAAUUGAAUAAUUUAAACAAUUUUGAAUUCCAUUUGAUCCCAAUCAAUUUCUUAAAAAUGACUUUAAUUUCAAUGCUGAAUUUAACUAAAAUUUCAAGAGAUCAUUUCAACAAAAAUGCUGCUUUAUUUAAUGAUUCAAACCACAUUUUGAUUAGGGUUUUAAAAAUUAUAAAGAAUCGUUAUCCUGAAAAUUUUAUCUUAUUUAAACAAAUUGUUGAUUUCAUUAAAUCUGAAUUCCAAUUAUUUGAUUCUGAAUUAGACUCUUCAUCCCCAUCAAUCAACAAUCUAGAGAUCAAUCAAACUAUCAACAAUUCAACUAUUGCUUCCAAUGGUCCUCCAUCAACUUCUUCUUCUUCAUCAGGUAUUGAUCACAAUUCAUUGUUUUUCGAUAUAGAUUCAUUGAAUAGAAAUUCUUCAAUUGCUUCAACUGAAUCAACAAUCUCAACAACUUCUGCAGAAUCUAUAUCAUUGGAUUAUAAUGAUACUGAUUCAUCAACAAUCAAUGAUCAUUUACCUGAUAUUUCUUCAAACUUGGAUUUAAUCUUUGAUUGGAAUUCUACAACAAAUCCAAAUAUUAUGAAACCUUUACCAAAUCUUCAAGAUCCAACAAUCAUCAAUGGUUUUAAUGGUUCUUUUGAUUUCAAACUACAUUAAAUAUUCUAAC